AUGGUAAAUGCAGCAAAUAGCGCAAAUUGUACAAAUGUAAAUGGUGAUAUGUUUAUGAAUAAAUGUUGGAAGAAUGAUGAGAGUGUAUUACCAUUGAUGGCAAGUUUUAUUAUGCAAUUUGUUAAUCCAAGAACAGUUGCCAUCUCUACCACUACUAUUUUAUUCCUUUUACCAGCAAUACUUUUACUCAGUAAUUCACCAGCAGUAUAUCCAGCACUCAAAAAUAAAUAUAGCCAACUCAGAAUCAUUUUAAUUCAUAUGUUACAUAGAUCAGCUUACCCAUUAGUAUUGGGUGUUGGUUUAUAUGCUGUUUUUAGACAAAGAAGACCUUGUUUUUGUGAUGGUGCACCAGUUGGUAGUAUUUAUGGAAUGCCAUCAGGUGAUGCAAUGGCAGGAGGUAUUUUAGGUGCAUUUUUAAUUGAUAAAGCACCAUUUUAUCCAAAAUUAGCAAGAGUAUUGGGUGUAUGCGUAAUGAUUUGUGUUUGUUUUGAACGUACAAUUUUAGGAUUCCAUACAAUUGGACAAGUGGUUACAGGAACAUCAAUUGGUUUUAUAUUACAUUUUUACUCUACAAGAGUACCACAAUGGUUUAUUGCAGUCGAUAUUUUAAUGCAAUGGAUUUUAUCAGCAAUAGCAUUACAAUUGGAUCCAGCUUUAAUCUAUUCACCAAAUGAUUCAAAUAACUUGUGGGUUUGGUUUAUUUGGGGUGCUUCAUUCCAAGUUUUGGUAUUGUUUUUAUUAUUUAGAGUUGGUAAAAGUCCUUUAGACGGUUGGAGAGUUUUAAGACAAUCAAUGAAUAAAAUGUCCAAAGACGACUUAAACAUUCAAUCAGAUUCAGCUGAGGAUCAUUUAUUAGCAUAUGCAAUCAAACCUUCUCAUGACAUGAUCGAAUCAGAUGAAAGAUACAAAAGAAGAAUAUCAAAAGAUGCUGACAUUCCUUAUACUUUUAUUGCUUUCAUUGCUUUCUUUGCCGUUAACUUUUUAUCAUUUUGUAUGCAACAAUGGGGUUGGUUGGUUCAUACCUCUGAUUCUGCUGCUGGUGGAACACCAAUGGCUUAA